AUGUUGCGAACUAUCGCCCUCCUCAGCUCUCUGGUUCUCGUGUCGGGUGUCGUUCGAUGGGAGGCGCGAACCUUGAAAUGCGAUGUUGACGACUGCCAGCUGGCGGUACGUAACGACUCCUUUGCGAAAGCCGAUUGCACGUUGAACGGAGAGGCUCGCCAUUCGUGCGACAUCAAAUGUGAAGGAGCAGAUCGCGAUUCUGUCAUCUCCAAGAGCCCCACUACCAACAGGAAGUGUAUAAGGUUCUAUACCUACAACACUGAACACUCAAUAAACGGAUGGCAAAUAUGGCGACAAGGAGCUUGUGCUCAGGAGAGCAUCGUCCUACAAGUGCAUUGCGGUUUUCCAGUGGUGGAUUAG